UCUGCCAUCUAGGGGGUCUUCUCAAUAAUAUACAGUAUGCUUCCAUCUUCUUUUGAUUUUGAUCGUGGGAGUGGCGAAACAUGCUUAGGUGAAAACACUGCAGUAGCUGAAUUGUCGUGUGAGGUGGCCUGUGCAGCUUUGAGGCUGCAUCCACCGUGUGCACAAUAGGGAGGCACAGGGCUUCUGCCAUGUCCCGACACCCAAAUGACAACCUGCUUACUUAUAAGCUGGUGGUGGUGGGGGAUGGAGGGGUGGGCAAGAGUGCUCUCACGAUUCAGUUCUUCCAGAAGCUGUUUGUCACUGACUAUGACCCCACCAUAGAAGACAGCUACAUACAGCACACUGAAGUAGAUGGACAGUGGUGCAUUCUAGAUGUACUGGACACUGCAGGCCAGGAGGAAUUCAGUGCAAUGCGGGAGCAGUACAUGAGAAAAGGUGAUGGCUUUCUGUUGGUGUAUUCGGUCACUGACCAGCAGAGUUACGAGAACAUCAUCAAUUUCCACACUCAAAUACUCAGAGUUAAGGACAGGGACGUGUACCCAAUGUUACUGGUGGCUAACAAGGUGGAUCUGGUCCACCUCCGGAAGGUGACUGAGGAGUCUGGCCGGGAGUUGGCUCAUAAAUUGGGGAUUCCCUAUAUAGAGACCAGUGCCAAAGAUCCACCACUGAAUGUUGAUGCAGCCUUCCAUGAGGUUGUGCGUAUAAUUCGCAACCAGCCACCGGCAGAACUAGACAGGAAUCGAAGAAAAAUGAGACGUCAUGUAAAAUGCAUGCUGCUGUAACACUGCACGUGAUGCAGACACAGAGAACAAACAGUGCUCACACUAUUUUUUAAAUAUUUAGUUUUUACAUGGUAUUAAUCAGCGAGAUGUAAACGCACAUUUAAUGUUCAUCUCAUGAAGUCAUUGUAACUAGAGAUGAUUUUUGUUAACUUUGAUGACUGCAAAGUCCGAGCAUGUCACUCGAGGUAAUGACAGCUGUCCACCGAGUGCCAUGUUCAAUUGAUUGUGACAAAGAGAAAGAAUUGAAGUAUUUAUUGUUGAAUAUGAUUGUUUCCAUUUGACAAGUUGUUUAGAUUGCUUCUACAUGUGACAAUAAAUAUUGUGUUGAUCGUAUUCGUAUUGGUUACUUGAUAUAAUGGAAGACAUGCAUAUGUGCACGAAUGCUGCUUCUCUGUGUUAUGUUUCUCAGUUUAGUAUGUGUAUUGAUGUCUGAUUUAUUUUCUGUCCUUUAUAAAUGGAAGUCGGUGGAAUUGUUAUUGUUUUUAAUUACAGAAUUCUUCAAGUCCUUCCUGUGUGUAAAAUAUUUUUAUUUUGCUGAUACCACCAGGGGACCAUUUGUGUGACAUCCAGGCUUGGCUUUUUGCAUUAUGCACAGGGUGUUUGCGUCAGUGGCUCCCCUUUGUGUAUGUAUGCAGCCAGAGAUGGAAACUGUUCAUGUUUGAUAUGUAGCACAUAGGAAGUUAAUAGAAUACGUGCUGUAUUUUAAUUUUGCUGUUUAUAAAAUAUAUUUAUAUCGUUAUUAAGUGAAGUUAUGAAACUUUAAAGAUAAAUAUUGAAAUUUUUAUGCUGUAAGUUGUUAAGAUGGUGCUAACUUUUAAGUUGAACAUAAUUUAUUGUACACCCAAUUAGCAUAUGCCUGUGUGAUGAAGAUAAUGGUCAGGUUGAUAAUGAGUGGAACUUAAGCAAAUUCUUCUUAAACUAAAACACUUGCUGACUUAUAUAAAUUUUGUGAUCAUGAACUGACAUCUAUCUUAUGGUUAAGUCUCUACAUUCAUUUCUGUCUUGUGAAUAAAUCUUUACGCUCAUUUCUGUGUUCUGACUAAGUCUGCGUUUAUUUCUGUCUUGUGACUGAGUCUAUACAUUAAUUUCUUUGCUUUUAUAUCUGUAUCUACUUUAUGUUAUGUUUAUUUCAAUACUAAUGUAACAUUUAUAGGAACAUUAAUUCAUGCAAAUUGAAUUUUUAAAAUUUGAUUAUUCUUUUAUAGUAAGCAUGUACAAUGCCCUUGGAUGAGGCAUUAAAAUCAAUGCCUUGAUCUCAAUUACGUGUUGAGACUAACACAAUGCUGACUGCCUGCAAUCUUAUGCUCUGUGGUCAGAAUUGAAGGGGUUUAAAAUUGAAAUGAUAGUAAUGGAGUACUUUUGUGGUUGUUAACCAUUGAAGCUGCUGCUUGUAGACAUACACAUUUCUGUUCGAAUGGUAUUGCACGAGGUAGUACUCUUCAAACUUUGUAGAAAGGAAAGAUGUCAGAAGCUGAGAAUGGCACCACAGUAUAAAACUCAUAAUAUGUAAUGAUACAUAAUAGAUACGUGUCUGUCUGCAGUAGAUGGAAUCGAAACAGUGAAACUUGAUUGUUUUUAUUCUUUACUGUUCAGAUGCUUUCAGAAAUCUUUAAGAUUUGUAUUGUAGCACUUCUCAUGGCACAAAUUUAUGAGAGUUUUAAUUAAUAGAAAAUUUAUUUUAAAUUAUUGUGUUUCAUAAUAUAUUUUAAUGUGAAGUUUUAUCAAGGCAAUGUGAUUAUCUUGGCUUAUUAAGUAUGAAAUUUUAUGAAAUGUUUGAAGUUGUGUAAUUUUGUUUAGGUGUGAAAAUGACUGCUUUAUUAAUGAGCCUAUUCAUAGUGGCAGCUUAAGUGUAAGGCAUAGUUCAUCCAGUAAUAAAGUAGAGAAUUAUGGUAGGUUUUUAUUUAUUUUUUGCGCAAAGUACAUAAAAUUAAUUUAUAAUAAGGAAGUCUUGCUUGUCUGCUCAUAUGUUUCAUAUCCAUAACUACUCUGUCGAUUUCAAUGAAAUUUAGUAUUCAAGGUCCAGGAAAUUAGUUUGGGGGUAUUCAGUUACAAAUGCUUUACGUUACAUGAAUCCAAAAUCAGCUUUUGUGAAAUAUCUCAAACGUACUGGAACACAACAAAAUAUGUACAGAUCUCAUUAAAAUCUAAAACUUUUGUUUGGAUAAUUUGUAUGUGAUGAUGAAUACUUAACAAAAAAUUUAAAAAAAAUUAUCUUCUGUGGUAAUUGUAGAGCUGUCAGCCUGGUGACGAUUUGUAUCUGCUAUCAAUAUACUUCAAGGCCCAAGAGUUGUGCAAGAUAGCAAAGAUGCAUUUGUAAAAUUUGCUGCAUUAGAUUACACCUUUCCACUCUUUGCAUCUUCAUAAAGUUUUUGAAGAUGAGAAAGUUUGCCGUCAUAACAACACUGAUGCUAAGUUAAAAGGUGAAGAAUAUAUAUGAGGGAACAGUCUUGAGUUGUUUGUGUCUGAUUAUUUUUAAAUUUUAGUAUUGGCAAGUCUCAUAAAUGGUAUUGGACACUGUGCUUUGUCAUUCUCUAAUUUAACGUUAUACUUUGCUACUCCAGAAUUGAACAUUGUUCUUUAUCACUAGAAUCUCAGUAAAGACGUUACUAGUAACAGACAGUGUUAGCCAUCUUGUCCACUGACAGACUGGCAGCUAAACACAUCAUGAAACACUUUUGUUACUUUGAUCCUGAAAUAUUAUUUACCAUAGCUUUUGUAGCAAAGUAACUUUGUGUGAAUUAACCAACAUGGAUGAAGGUGGGUGGUCAUCUACUUCACACUUGAAGUAACUGAAUACUUUUAUACACUGUCCCUGUGAAUCUGAUUGGCUCAUGAAAGCAUGUGGUAGUAGGUGCACAGAAAUGUCCAAAAUUCAACCUUGAUUGUUUACGUUAGUCACCUAGUGGCUGUCUGCUUCAUGUUUCCUGUAUGACGGCUUACAGUGAAAUACGGUCAGUGGAUAUAAACAUUUUGAAAAAGCAUAUAAAGGAAUUGAAAGUGAUAAAAUUGGGAAUAAAACAACUUGUAAUGUAGAGUUUUAAGAUUCAUAACAGACUGACUACUGUUGCCUGUUCUUCUUUCCACAGUGUUUAAGAUUUUGAGUAAACAGUCAUUCCUACCCUAAUGUACAUAUGCUAAUGUUUUUGUUAUUGCUGCGAUGGAGUAAGACUUUUUGUCUGUAGCAAAGUAACUCACUGUUUGAUGAUAUUGUGUCCUGUGUGCGGUCUCAUGCCAGAAUCACGUGCUGUUGAAACGGUACUACCAUUAGUAGUUCAGUGAGAGCUGCAGUUCUUCCAACAAUUGUGCUGUCCCAAAUUGAUAUAUUAAGAUAUUUAUUUAUGUAAUCUGUCUGCAGAAUAUAAAUUACGUAUUAUAUGCUUAACAGUAAACAAAAAUAAUGUUUUUCACCUGUUACUUUGUUUCUCUGAAACAAUUAUCUGCUUAGAGACUAAAUUGUCACAGCAUAAACAAUCGUCUUUAUGAUCUGUUGUUGUGAUAAAGCCUUCUCUGUUCUUAUCUAAGUCCUGACUUUAGCAAAUGGGCAUUAAUUUUUUAGUAGACUGCCACUUUGUAUUUGUUGAUGGGCAUUUAUGUUGUGAUAUGUGCAGCCACAGUUAGAUGCUUCACAGUUGUGUUGAAGUAAACAAACCUUUGUGGUGGGUUUGCUGGAAAAUGUAUGUUUUGAAUGCCGGUGUUGUUUUCAAGACAUAUUCACAAAAAUAUAUUAAGAAACGAAGUUUAUGUGUGUUGCUCUAUUUAUUUGUUUAUAAAAAUGUUUUUUAUUAAAAAAGUUGAGAUGUAUAGAUACGCUGGCUUCUUUUUGCUUCAGGAAGAAAAUGACGUGUGUGGCGUGUAAAUGCUUCCGUGUGACGUUUUGAGUUGUGUAAAGCAGUUAUACUGCAUUGCAGUCCUACCAUUAGCAUCAAGAAAUUGUGCACUUCUAGGUUUCAUAAUAUGCAUUAAUUUUGUGUUAAUUUGUUACUAGCCAUACACUCAAACACCAAAUUGUAUACCACUGUUGUUUGAUUCACAACUGCAUAUUUAUCAUAUUUGCAACUAUGAACCAUCUUUAUAUUGCUAGCUUACAAGGCAGUGGGGUAUUCUGCACUUUGAUUGGUAAAUGUGUGGCCAUUUGGGAAUAAUAGUUCAAGAUUGUUUUGUGAUUUUGUAUCAGAAAUGAGAACAACGUGUUCUCCAUAACAUUAGCAAAUGUACCACCCUUCACAGCCAUGUCAUUAUCCAAGAAUUGGAACAUGAUGCUAUUACAAGCCGCCGUGAAAUAAAUCAUAAGACUUUCAUGAUUUUAGAAGAGUUUGUAGAAUUGUAAUUGUUAUGGCCGAUGCAGGCUGUUCUGUUCAGGCAUGAUUUUGUAACUGAAGAGUGCUAGUCUGUAAUGCUGCUAAUGGUAUGACUUCAAGAUAGCUGUCGAAAGUUAUACCUUGUGCGUUGCUUGUUGUUUUACUUAAUUAAGUUUUUAAUGUAAUUAUAAAGGUUACCCAUAAAGUAAUAUAAGUCGUUCUCUUAUAUUGAAGUUACAUUUUUUUUGCCUCACAUAUUCGUUUUACCUGGCAAAGAGUGAUGUGGUUUUUGAUAGUAUUAUCUCCAUAGAUAAUGUUUAGCCUUUAGUGAUUGUUUGUCAUUGACUUGCUUUAUGCCAAAAGAAACUCAGUUGCUUGUAAUGCAAACCACUGUUGUCUCCCAUUAAUUUUUUUCUAAGGUAACUACUUAAGUUUCAUGGGACAUUGCAUUCUGGGUAACUUACGUACAUUAUCCAACACUCCUGUUAAUUGUAAUAGUUAUUUGCAUAUGUAGUGAAGGCCUAAUGAAAGAGUUAAGAGUCUUGAAAUAAUGAGAGAAUUUUUACUUCAUUGUAUAUAUUAUAUAAUUUAUAUAAAUUCUGUUAAGUGCAUUAUUUCAUAUUGUGAAAUAUGUUGCCUUGCUUGGGAUUGAUCAGCAUUGAUGCAAGACUACAGCUAUUGGCACAAAUAAAAUGCAAAUUGUAGAUGUGUAAUAGCUCAAGUGUGGUGACCGUCCAUUCAUUAAAAAAAGAAAAUAUGUUGAAAGUCACUGAACAAGAAGCAUAAUAUUGAUCAUUCUGUUGUUUUGGUGUUUGUGCAAUUUUUGAAUUUAAUUCUGAUACAGUUGCCUCAUAGUGUUGGGUAUAAAACAAAAUGAACAGCUGGACUUUUAUUGUUAUUAACCUGAUUAUCAACAUCUGGUCAGUCAUAUUUGCACAAAUAAAUGUAUAUUUGAUUUAGUCUUUAAAACUCAAAGACACCAGUUCUUUUAGAUGUUCAAAAUAUUAUUUAGAACAACACCUACAGGUUUUAUCAUGUCUGUCCAGUUGCUGGUCUGAAAGCAGUUUGGCAAGCCAUGGGACUGAUUUCUAUGAAAUAUGGUAUAUUUGACAUACACUAAAUUUUUUCAGUCCCCAACUUUAAGAGAGAUUCGUGGAGAGUAGGACUUUAGUUUCCACCAUUAAGGAUUUAUUUGCGCAUUCUUGUUUACAUUAAAAUAUUUUCAGCACUUUGCCUGCUUGUUAGACCACCUGUAGCAUGCUGGGAGAGCUUCUGUGUAUGACAGAACUAUUCACAGUAGUGAAAUAGGCUGUUGGUAGAACUGACUUUCCUGUCUGAAGAAGUUUCUUGAUUAAAUUGCAGCCUCUGUUUAGAGGUGUUUUUUAUAGCAAUGAAACUUGAUUUUUAAGUUCAUCACUCCUAAUGGCUUGCACAAAGUAAGACAUUUAUUUCUUGUAUCAGAAUCAACAGAAUCUUGAGUGUUAACAGAACUACUUGCAGUGGCUGUUCAACUCGACAUUUAACAUGUUUGUGCCAGAGUAAGCCAAAAGUGUGGUCCAUAACCACACAGCAGAUUGUAUAGCCUGUAGCCUGGUGGUCUGUAUUAUGAUGCUCAAGCAGAAAACCACUGUAGUUUGUCAGGGAAUAAUAUUUAAAUCUAUACAAUUUCAGAGAAUUACUCAUAGACAGUAAGCCAGGUGGACCAGAUUCUUGUAAGAUGCUGCUGUCUAUGUGGAAAUAUAGCUGAAAUGCAACCAAAUUUUUUAGAUUGAAGAUAAGAGAGCCCAUCAUGUAUGCCAGCAAGUUUAGUAAUAAUUUUAUGUAAUAAUAUUAUGUAACUUCCUUUAAUGGAUGUGAAUUAAAAGAUUUAAUAUUUUUCUUUGCUGUUGCUGAAGAAAUGCAUAAUUACCUGGAACUGUGAGAUAUAUGAUGUUGUAAAAGCUUUAAUAUUACAUUGUAAACUGUUCAUGAUGUUAUAUGGAAGGAUUGUGUCCAAUUGUGUAAGGUGAUAAAUUAUUUUUAUGUGUUUA